AUGGUUGUUUCCAUGGCUUUGGUCAGGCAAUCGCCGUCUUUCGAUUUUCUGUUUCAUUUUCCGGUCGAGAAAACCCGUUUUUCAUCGCCGGCCGCUUCUUCUAGAGUUCGACAUCGUUUCCCUUCUUGCAGAUUGUUAAGUCUCACCUCAUCAGCCUCAUGUUCUCGCAGGUUAAACAGAUUUAGUUCAAGGUGUUCGAUUAUACAUACAGAUGUAUGUCACGAAUUUGUGGCUACUGAUGAUAAUAAGAUCCACGAAGAGUUUCCAGUUCCAACUGAGGAUCAUCCAAUUCCCAUUGUUCAUCUUGAUUCCUCCAAUAUCCCUGUAACUGAAUCUCUCAGCUUACUAACCGAGUGUACCUACGUAGAUACUGUUUUGACAGCAUUGCCCGAAGAGCAGAAUGCACUUGCAGCUACUCCAGCUCACCCUGAAGGACUAUAUGUCUUAUAUGCUAGCUGUUUGGUCGUGAAUUUGGUUGAACAACUGUGGAAUUUCGCAUGGCCGUCCGCCAUUGCAAUGCUAUAUCCGAGCUUACUACCUGUGGCAGUCAUGGGCUUUGUCACCAAAUUGGCGAUAAUUAUUGGGGGUCCAGUGGUUGGAAAGUUUAUGGAUCAUAGUCCGAGAGUUCCUACAUAUAUCUCGUUGAAUGUCAUUCAGGUAGCUGCUCAAGUGCUCUCUGCAGGAAUGAUAAUUCAUGCAUACACGGUUCCUUCCUCAUCGGUGUCAUCAAUUCUUCUGCAGCCUUGGUUUUUUGCAUUGGUAUUCGCAGGGGCCAUUGAUAGACUAUGUGGAAUAGCAUCUGGAGUUGCCAUAGAACGUGAUUGGGUUGUAUUGUUAGCGGGCAUAAACAGACCAAUCGCUCUUGCACAAGCAAAUGCUGUCCUCAACAGGAUUUAUCUGCUUUGCGAGAUCGCUGGGACUACGUUAUUUGGCAUCCUCCUAUCAAAGUAUGACCCUGUGACCUGCUUAAAGUUUGCUGCCGCAUUAAUGAUGGGUUCUUUGCCAACCAUGACAGCUCUUAUAUGGCUGACUAACAAGUUCUCCUCUGGAGUUCUCGACCGUCCUAAAUGCUCCCUGAGCAGCUGUGCUGCUGAAGGACCUCGUUCUGACACUAAAAGUAUUGUUGAUAUUGGCGUAGAAGCUAUCAAGCUCGGAUGGAAAGAAUAUAUUCAGCAGCCAGUUCUUCCCGCUAGCCUCGCAUAUGUCCUUCUCUACUUCAAUGUCGUCCUCACGCCAGGCAGUUUGAUGACUGCAUUUCUAACACAACGAUGUGUGAAUCCAUCAAUCAUUGGGGGUUUCAGUGGAUUGUGUGCUGUUAUGGGCGUCGCGGCAACCUUCUUAUCAGCAAGCUUGGUCAAACGGUUCGGCAUUCUAAAGGCGGGUGCAGUAGGACUGAUUUUCCAAGCUUCACUCCUUGGUGUUGCUGUUGCUUUGUAUUUGAGCUCUUCUCUAUCCCAGCAAAGCCCACUCUUCUUCUUCUUGUCCAUGAUUGUGUUAUCGAGGCUAGGUCACAUGUCUUAUGAUGUUGUGGGAGCUCAGAUUCUUCAAACCGGAAUUCCAUCUUCCAAGGCUAACCUCAUUGGUGCAACGGAGAUCUCUGUGGCGAGUCUAGCUGAAUCGCUGAUGCUCGGAGUAGCCAUUGCCGCGAAUGACGCUUCACAUUUCGGGUUUCUGGCGGUUCUGUCUCUCUUAUCAGUUGUUGCAGCCACUUUUAUAUUCUGCAGAUUGCUGAGAAAUCCCACUGAUGAACAAAGACGGCUCUUCUCCUUCGACCCUCUCUCGACUUGA